GAGACGUUAUCCUCAAAAGCAAAUUCAUAUCACCACUGAGAAAAUUAAAAUGGGAAAAAAGCACAAGAAAUAUAAACCCGAAUGGAGAACAGUAGAUGACUAUGAGGACAAACCUUUGGAGAAGCCACUGAAGCUUGUACUGAAAGUAGGAGGAAGUGAAGUCACAGAACUGUCAGGCUCCGGUCACGAUUCCAGUUAUUAUGACGACAGAUCUGACCAUGAGAGAGAACGUCACAAGGAGAAGAAAAAGAAAAAGAAGAAAAAAUCUGAAAAGGAAAAAGACAAACACCUAGAUGAUGAGGAGCGGCGGAGGAGGAAGGAAGAGAAGAAGAAGAAGCGAGAGCGGGAACAGUCCGAAAUUGCAGCCAGUGGACCGGUGGACCCCUUCACGUUACCCAGACCCGUUGAGGUGGUGGAGGAGAGGAAAAGGAAGAGGGAUAAGUUUGAGUCUGAAGCUGAGGUGGAUGAGUUCCACCCGUCAGUGAAGGUCGAGGUGGAGCAGCAAGCGGACAGACCCAUCCGCGCCUGCCGGACCCAGCAAGAAAGUGAAUGCACACCCCGACAGCAGCUCCUGGAACAUUUCCUUCGCCUACUUCAAAGAAAGGACCCCCAUGGCUUCUUUGCCUUUCCAGUGACAGAUGCCAUUGCUCCUGGUUACUCUAUGAUUAUCAAACAUCCCAUGGACUUCAGCACGAUGAAGGACAAGAUCACAUCCAACGAAUACAAAACAAUCACAGAAUUCAAGGCCGAUUUUAAGCUAAUGUGUGACAAUGCCAUGGUGUACAACCGGCCAGAGACUGUCUACUACAAAGCUGCAAAGAAACUCCUCCAUACAGGCUUCAAGAUGAUGAGCAAAGAGCGGUUGUUAGCUUUGAAGCGUAGCAUGUCUUUCAUGCAGGACAUGGAUUUUUCGCAGCAAGCUGCCAUUUUAGGUGACGAAGACCUCGCUGCAGAAGAGCCUCCUCCCGAAGUCAUUCCUGUCCAUGUGGAGUCGGCCAAAAAAUCCAAGAAACAGCCCGUCAAAGAACCCAUCAUCAGCGACCUGUAUGAGCUGGAGGGAAACGCUUGCAGUCUGACAGACAGCACGGCAGAAGAGCACGUCCUGGCUUUGGUAGAGCAUGCAGCUGACGAGGCGCGGGAUCGAAUCAAUCGCUUCAUGCCAAACUCCAAGAUGGGCUACCUGAGAAAAGAGGCAGAUAAUUCUUUAGUGUACACUGUGGUGAAUCAGCAGGAUCCAGAAGCAGAGGAGGAGGAGACUCACCCCGUGGAUUUAAGUUCCCUGUCCAAUAAGCUCUUACCUGGCCUUACAUCACUGGGAUUCAAAGAUGAUCGUAGGUAUAAAGUAACGUUUUUGAGCAGCGCAUACAACACACAGACCCUUCAGAAUAACUCAAUAUACCCUGACCUGCUGCCAGAGGAGAUGGACUUGCUCUAUUCAGCUUAUGGUGAUGAGACUGGUGUGCAGUGUGCUCUCAGUCUCCAAGAGUUUGUGAAAGGUUGUGGGGGUGUUACCAAACGACUUGUGGAUGAACUGCUGGAUAAGAUGACAGGUGGCGAUCACUCUAAGGCUGUGUUCCAAAUCCGACAGAAAAGAAACAUGGUCACUGAUGAGAACAAGUCUGGUAUUUGUGGCAUGCAGGGUGCAGAGGGGAGUGGAGUAACAGGGGAGAACAACUCCGUUUUGGAUUUCAUGUCUAUGAAGAACUACUCAGAUAUGUCACUGGAUAUGCUCAACACUAUAGGUAAAUCUGUGAAGAAGGAGCCUGAUCAUGAGGAAGGCCAUCCGCACUUUGAUGAUACUGCCAAGUUGCUGCAGGAGUUCCAGGAUGCAGCAGUGGACAGGGUGGGCUCCAGACCCUCCUCCAAUCUGUCCUCUCUCUCAAACACUUCAGAGAGGGACCAGCACCACUUGGGGAGUCCAUCACACCUGGGUGUGGGAGACCAGUCGGAGAUGGUGCAUGAUCCCUAUGAAUUCCUGCAGUCUCCAGAGCCAGGAUCCACUGCCAACAGCUGAUACGCUCUGCCCUUGGCACGCGUUUCUGGAGAAGCUAGCUAAUUAUAUGCU